AUGGAAGCAGACGCAUUGUCUAAUUUGGGGUCAUCUAGGGAGAUGAAAGGACCUGAUUCUGGUAUGGUCGUCCAACUGCUGCAUUCAGUGUUAGAUGUGGACGGUUAUUGCGAAGUCAAUUUGACCAACUUAAUUUGGGACUGGAGGAAUGAGUUCAUUGAAUAUCUCAGGCAUGGUAAAUUACCCGACGACACAAAGUUAGUGCACCAACCAGUAGAGCUUUUGCAUUCAGUGUUGUCUUCAUGGUCAUUCAUGAAAUGGAGAAUGGACAUAGUUGGACCUGUACUAUCGGCCCUUGGAAAGGUUGAAGCGGGUCCAUACCAAAAGAUUGUAGAACGCGAAGUAGUUGACUUUAUAUGGGACCACAUAAUCUGCCGAUUUGGAAUACCAAAGGAAAUUGCAUGUGACAACAGACCGCAGUUCAUAGGUUCAAAAGUCACAAAGUUCUUGGAAGGAUUAAAGAUCAAAAGAAUCACUUCUUCGCCGUACCACCCGAGUGCCAACGUACGGGCGGAAUCAACCAACAAGGUAAUUAUUCAAAACCUUAAAAAGAAGUUAGAAGAUGCCAAGGGCAAGUGGCCCGAUGAGCUAUCGGGUGUGCUAUGGGCAUAUCGGACAAUGACGAAGUCAAGCACGAGAGAAACUCCAUUUUCUAUCGUAUACGGCUCGGAAGCUCUGAUACUGGUGGAAGUGGGGGAGCCGACUUUAAGAUUUUCCUGA